UCUCCUCUUUUAACCUUUUUUUCCUCUGCAAAAAAAAACUUUCUCCAUUAAAAUUCACAAUGUGCGACUCAGAUUUUCUCUCUCGCUGUUCCUCCUACGAGGCAGACGUUGAUUCAGACUCCCAGAUCUCGAGCUCCUCAAGCUCUUGCUCCUCGUACACUGAAUCUGAGGAAGAGAUCGACAAUGGCUUCAGUGGUGAGUUCAAGGGAACGAAGAAACUGGAGAAGAAGAAGAGCAAUGUGUUGCUUGAAGGUUACGUUUUAGAUUCGGCGGUUCAUCAUGGAGAUCGUGAUGAUCUUAAGAGGACCAAGAGUUUAACGGACGAUGAUCUCGAGGAGCUUAAAGGCUGUGUAGAUCUAGGCUUCGGCUUCAAUUACGAGGAGAUUCCUGAGCUUUGUAACACUUUACCAGCUCUUGAGCUUUGUUACUCGAUGAGUCAGAAGUUUAUGGAUCAAGAUCAUCACCAUACUUCGCCGGAGAAGAAGUCGCCGGCGAUGCUUGAAUCUCCCGUUAGCCCUAUAGCUAGCUGGAAGAUCUCUAGUCCUGGGGAUAAUCCUGAUGAUGUAAAAGCAAGGUUGAAAUUCUGGGCACAAGCUGUGGCAUGCACCGUGAGAUUAUGCAGUUGAGAAGAGCUUCUUGAGGAGGAACAAGAUUGGAUUUGAUCAAUCAAAAGUUGAGGAAUCAAUGGUGGUGGGAAAGAAGAAGACUAUGAACAACCAAUUUGCAGGAGUGAUAUCUCUCUUUUGAGACUGACCUGCUUCAAAUACCCACCAUUUGUUGUAGAGCCUUGUUGCUCAGGUCUGUACAAAAUGGCUAAUGACCAAGAAGAUUUUGCAAGGGAAAAUUUGUUGUAAUGCAGAUUCAUAAAAGAGCAAAUAAAUAAAACUUUAUUUCUUUUCUUGAUCAA